AACUGUCAUCUUUAUAAUCUGUGUACAAACCUAGGUUAGAAUUUAAAAAAAUGGAUAAACCUAGGCCCUGCGGUUGUAAAGGAUGUCGUACGUGUUUAAUAUGUGAAAAAGAUUACGGAAUACAAAAACAAAUACCUCUUGACAUGGAAAAUGGCAUGUAUAUAUAUUGCCCUUUUUGUAACAAAGCAUACCCAGGCUGGAAUAUAGAAGACUACAAUUCGCACCCCAAUCACAGUGGAGAUGCUAUAGAAUAUCCUGGGAUCUACAUAGAUUUGAAUUUUUUAAGUGAUGACGAAGAAAAAGUGUUAAUUAAUGGGGUGGACUCCAUGCCCUGGGAUUUAUCACAGAGUGGCAGAAGAAAACAGAAUUUUGGACCUAAAUGUAAUUUUAAGAAGAAAAAAUUAAGAUUAGGUGACUUUCAAGGGUUUCCGAGAUUCUCGGAGUUUGUACAAAAGAAAUUUAGCGAUCAUCGUGUGCUGAAAAACUUUCAAACAAUUGAACAAUGUUCGUUGGAGUAUACCCCUGAAAGAGGCGCUUCAAUUGACCCUCAUAUUGAUGAUUGCUGGAUUUGGGGGGAGAGAAUUGUGACCGUUAACUUAAUAUCGGACUCGGUAUUAACCAUGACUUACAAUGAUAAACCCAAAAGGUACAAUUUAGAUUGUGUUAGCAAAUAUCCAUCUGUGUUAACAGAAACUGGAGAUAUCAACAACUCCGGUCAUUCAUAUACUGUAAAACCCUUAAUGAACAGUGAUAAACAUCCUGUGGUAAGAAUACCGAUGCCUAAAAAAUCUUUAUUGGUUAUGUUUGGUGCAGCCAGGUACGAUUGGGAGCAUCAAAUUUUAAGAGACGAUGUUAAAGAACGAAGGGUUUGUCUGGCUUACAGAGAGUUUACACCCCCCUAUUUGGUUGAGGGUAAAGAGGAUGUUGCUAAACAAAUUUUGUUAAAGGCUCAAGAGUUUUGGGAUUAUAAAAGGGUGGAAAUGUGAAUAAAAAUUUUAAAUCAAAAUAUAUUUUAUUUAUUUUUAUUAUUUAUUUGUAUUAUUAACUUGUUUUGGCACGGUAGGGAAAAAUUUUUGUCACGCGUUAAAUUAAUUGUUGACCUAAAAAUUAGAACAACCUAAUUGUUAUUAAAUAACAGUUAUUUUUUCUUUAUAAUCUGUGAGUUAUUU